AUUUAAAUGAAAACCAGAAAACGGUCCCAUUAUUUUACGGGUUUAAUAUAUUCAGUAAAUGAGAACAAACACAUAGUCGCCGCACACGUGAAUCGAUUAACAAUACAAUACACACUAAAAAUGUGCAGUUUGAUUAUUGGCAGCAAUCAGCUCAUAAACGUUUUAGAGGUUUCAGAGUUGAUGAGACCUGAGGAUAAGUUUGCAUCAAAACCCAUUGGCCGGUAUAGGGAUUACGGAGUGGAUCAAAAUGACCCAAUCAAGGAAAGGGUUAGAAUCACUUAUACCGAAAUGCACACUAACCAAACAGUAGAAUUCGUCACGAGGAAAAUGGCUGAGUGGUGUGCAUUUGACAAAUUCCAAGCAACCGCCAUGGACGCCCUUGAAUCCCUGAACAGUAUUAUAGACGAGAGCGACCCUGACGUGGAUAUCCCUAACAUAGUGCACGCAUUCCAAACGGCCGAGCGCAUUCGUCAAGUUCACCCUGAUCAAGACUGGUUCCACCUAGUAGGACUCAUACAUGACUUGGGCAAAGUGAUGGCUUUCAAAGGCGAACCUCAGUGGUGCGUGGUAGGCGACACUUUUCCGGUCGGAUGUGCUUGGGGUAAAUCCAUUGUUUACAGAGAUACAACUUUCGGCAAAAAUCCAGACACAUACAACCCGAACUAUAACACAAAAUUGGGAAUAUAUUCCAAAAACUGUGGAUUGGACAAUGUUUUGAUGUCUUGGGGCCACGACGAAUAUUUAUAUAGAGUGUUAGUACAUAAUAAGUCGAAAAUUCCCAAAACUGGCCUUAACAUGAUCAGAUUCCAUUCGUUCUACCCUUGGCACUCUGGAGGCGAUUACGAUUACUUAUGCACUGAAGAAGAUUUAGAAAUGAAAAAAUGGGUUUUGGAAUUCAAUAAAUUUGAUUUGUACACAAAAGGAGGAGAAAUGCCAGACAUUGAAAAGCUGAAACCAUAUUAUCAAUCGCUUAUUGACAAAUACAUUCCAGGAAUUAUCCAGUGGUAAGGGGCAACACUCGGCAGUAAAAAAAAAAAUGAAACACAGAGAAAAGAUUAUUAUAACAUUAUAUUAAUUAUAUAAAUAAUUUUUUUAUAUACAUAUUUCAAAUUUAUAAGUGUAUUUAUAUAACACAAAUAGUCUACAUAUAAGAUUAUUAUUUGUGAAUAUGUUUAGUAUUAAAAGUUAAAUGGUUUAAAAA